UCAAUAUUUACUAAGUAAAUAGUAAGAAUCAGCAGCAUGUUAAAAGUCAUACGUUGUUUUUUUGAUAAGUAACUUCAGUUUAGAGGCCUUGAUAUAAAAAUCACAGACCCUGUCAGUUUGUACUUGCUGACACUGAGACUUCCUAGUGAUAAGCAAAAUGGCUUUUCACUCUGUAUUUCUUAUUUUCUUAGCUGGCCUGGUAUUUUCGUCUGAAGCUGCGCCACGGGACUCUUCUGAUUCCAUGCAUCCUCUUGUUGUAAAAAUUCUGGAUUCAGUCCGAGGAAGUCCAGCACCAAAUGUUCCAGUUAAAUUAUAUAAAGCAGCUGCAGAUGGAUCUUGGGAACUGUUAAAUUCAAAACAAACCAAUGAAAAUGGAGAGCUCUGAGAGCUCACAACUAAAGAACAAUUUGUAACAGGGACAUACAAGAUCGAGCUUGAUACAGCCUCUUACUGGAAGAAACUGGGCUUGAACCCCUUCCAUCAAUAUGCUGAUGUGGUGUUCACAGCUAAUGAUGCUGGUUAUCGAUAUUACUCCAUUGCUACUCUCCUCAGUCCCUUUUCUUACUCAACUACAACAGUAGUUAGUGAGCCAGUGGAAUAGAAAUUGAUAUUAAGCAUGAAAAUUUAGAUAUGUAAAUUAAAUUUUCCAUAAACGGUAAGAGUAAAAACAUAGUUUCUGACCGUAGUAACAAUUUUAGAAUUUGCAUAGCACCUUCCAUA